AUGAGCGACGAAACCGUCGGAAAGAUAAAAUCAGGUGCGCAGAGAACCAAAGAUUCUAUUAAGCAAGCCAUUACAAGCGAUGAAGGUGUAUUCGGAACAUUUAAUUACUUGAAGCAACCUGCCUACGAAAUUUAUGCUACAAUCGCAAAAUUCUUUCCUCCGCUUGCUUGGUUUUUAGUCGGCGCCACGGCAUUAAAUGCUGCUCCCGUUGCUUUAAUGCUCGGUUGGCUUGGAAUUACGACGCUUAUCUGUUUUGCGGUUGCGGGUGGAUUCAUCUUUUUUGUGGAAGGAUUCUUUUUCUUGCUGGGUAGCGGAGUUAUAUUGCCAGUCAUUGCGUUUGCUAUGUUUUCGGCAUUUGUGACAUUUUUGUUUUUGGCGGGUAUGUAUGGCGUGUUUCGGUUGAUGAGAGGAGCUUUGUGGGCUAUUGGAAUUAUUGGUAAUGGCGGAAUGAUCCCGUUUGGGGUGGAUGAAGAAGCUGAAGAAAAUCCUGCAGAAUAG